AUGGAAGCUCCUCUGCACCAGCUGGCCCCCAUGCAGCAAGCACUGCUCGCCCAUCCCCAGAACUGCAAGCACGACGCCGCGGCGACGAUGGCCGCGACGGACAUGGCCUGCGUCCAGCAGCAGCAGCAGCUGUUGCAGCUGCAGCCGGCGGCGGCGAACCCGAACACGCCCUCGGCCGCGGCGCGGGAGCAGUGCCCGCGGUGCGCGUCGCACGACACCAAGUUCUGCUACUACAACAACUACAACACGUCGCAGCCGCGCCACUUCUGCCGUGCCUGCCGCCGCUACUGGACGCUCGGGGGCUCCCUCCGCAACGUCCCCAUCGGGGGCUCCACCCGCAAGCGCCUGCGCCCGGCGCCGCAGCAGGCGAUGCGCCGCCCGCCCGUCCACUUCGGCGCGCCUCCGCCACCGAUGCCGGCGCAGUCGCACUCCCAGCAGGCUCCGCAAGGCGGACUUCUCAGCUCGCUGUUCGCGCUAGGCGGGGCGCCGCUGUUCGAGGGCCGCGUCGGGUUCGACCUCGGCCUCGGCCUGCCCGGGCUGAGCCAGGUGGGGCUCGGCGGCAGCGCCGGGGAGUUCGGCCUGCACUCCCUCGGGCUCCGGGGCGGCCAUGCAGGGACGUCGGCGCCGAUGCUCUGGCCAACUGCGUUCUUGGACAACGGCAAUGUGGACACGUGGAAGGUGUCCGGCGGCGGGGCGGCUGCCAUGUGGGCGCCGGAGUUCUCUUCUGCGCCGACGGUAGCACAGGUCGGCGGCAAUGGCAUGUUUCAUGGCGGGGCCCAGAUAAUGGGACAACUGUGA